GACAUAUUUCAGGAGGGUUCGAAGGGAAAUCGAACGUGGCCGCACUCGCAGCCGUACGACCCCAAGCGAGCUGCUGCUCUUAAAAAGCUCUGCCAAAGCACGAGUUCCGACAUGAGUAACAACCAAAGUCACUUGGGGAGCGAGCAGGAUCACAGUCACGGUGCUAGAAUGUUCCACGGCACGUAAUUCUCACUCUUUCCCGGCCUGUUUAUGGCUGUCUAUCUGCGGCGGAGCGAUGUCUGGAAGGAUGCAACUCCGAGAUGAAAAACUGCAACUGAACCGUGAGGGUUUCUUUCCUCGGAAUGGCUGGUUCUUUUUGUACUUUUUCUUUGUCACAUGGGCUUUCUCCUUUAAGGCAACUUAAAUGUUACUUAUCGUGUUACCUCCCAUAUACACAUUGACUCUUCUAUCACGCUUAGCUCGUGUGCAGCCUCCGUAUCUCUGUCCGAGGUAAGCAAAGUUCCACCCUCCAUCCACACGGCGUGGGUGACGCUCCACAUGCCGCGCUCUCCUCCAAAGCUAAACCAAUGCCGCGUCCCCUCGGCUGCACAUCCUUCCUAUCUGCCGUCGCCUCUUCCUGGCCCCGGUGCCCCCUCCGAGUCGUCUUACUCGCGACCCCCCAACUGCUAGUAAAUCCUCCUACUACCCCCUCCUUCUCCUCCUCCCUUUCUCUCUUCCUCCUCCUGCUCCUCCUACUCCUCCUCCCACCCCAGUACCAUCGCCUUCCCCGCCCCGUCCCACCGGGUCCCGCCCAACAUCCCCCAGAGGCCCGUACGUUCUCCCUCUCUAGAUCCCUCCCACCUCCCCCCCAGGAAUCGUCACCGCCCGCCCCCGCACCCUUGUCGCCCCAUGGCCCCCCUCCCUUGGCCCUCUCAGUUGCCUUUAAUUCUUGUGUCCCCCCUCGUCUCCCCCGCCCUCGUCACCUUUGCAGCGUGUAUGCAGGAUGCCACGAGACAAUUUUUAAAUUGCGUUUACCCGCUUACAGUAUCUGGCCGCGACACACAAUGGCAGGAGGAACUUGUGCUGUGCUAAGACCCGUUGCUGAACUUUAAGUGAGGCUUCGUGUGCAUUGGAUAGAGGCUUUCGUGCAAGUAGACUAAACUUUCAUUCUGGUUCGCAAGGUGGCUGCAACCAAGCCUGGAGUUCCUCACCAAAGUAAUGACGUCACGGCGUUACGUCAUCUUUUUAUACUUGUAAGUAAGUAAAAGGUGGCUGUUAGCGACCGUUGGAAAGUGGUGUUAACCAGAAGUGUAUAAGCGUUGUACAGCGAGUGUGUAAUGGCGUGGAGUGGCGAGAUUGAGCGUGGCGGCAAGACGCGCUAGCGGAAGGUCGUCGUGCUUGAGGUUAGCGGCGCCGGCCCGCUGCCGUCUGCGGCGCGGCCUGCUUGCUCGCUAUCGUCCGCUGCCGCUCGCCGCACGAUCCGCCGCUUCCCGCCGCCGGCGUCACCUAUCGCUUGCUGGCUUCUCGAAUGAAGCAGCCAAGCCUUUGUGAAAAUAGAAAUACAUAAGGAGACAAAGAGGCAGUAAGAAAAGAAGGGAGGAAGGGAGGGAGUGAACGAAGGAGGGCGAGCGAACGGGAGGGAGGGCGGCCGGCCGAGAGAAGGGAGGGAGUGAGUGAGGAAUCGCUUCGGUAGUUCUGCGCCUCAGAUCCGAAAAUUGCGAUCGUUUCUGUUUUAUAUGUUACACAACUAACGAAAAAGAGGCCUGGCUUGUGCAGGCACCCAGUGAGUCUCAGUUUCUGCAUGACGAGACGAAACCAUCGGAGGUUUCGCCAUUCGCCCGUCCGUGCAUCGAUAGGAGCGCUGCUUGCCACUGAAUACAACACGGUCAUUAGUGAUGGCGCUUUUCUAGCCCAAAAGUCUUGUGCUUAAUGGAUGCUAUUGUAGCCAGUCACAUGCAACAUUACCGUCAACAUUAAACGGUUCGAGUUUAAUCCGACAAAGCACGCACGGGGCCGACCAUCGCGGACGGUCGGUUCACAUCCGCCUGCAGUCGCCAGAGCGCGAUCAUUAGCCAAGCAGAAUCGAUCAUUAACGGCCAGGCCCUGAUUAGCAGCCUCUCCUUAUCAUAAGCUGUCGCAUUACGAACAACACGUACACCAUGGUAGUUCAGAACACUGUGCAUUAUAUAUACCAUCUGUUAGAACUGACCAUUACUUCACGGUUUACAGAGUGGUAGGGCAGUUGUUAAUUUCAUAUUUAACAAAAAGUGAUGGAAACAGAACACUGUUAUUUACCACGGAGUGUGCAGUGACAUUGUAUUAAAGACUGUUAGAGCACAACACGUUGGGCUGUUGCAUUGCACUCGAGUGAACAGAAAGCACUGUGGGUCAGGAAGGGACCAGAGACGAGCACUGGGAAGCACAGGAGAAUCAGCAAAGGUGCUAAUAGUUCUAAAAGCACUCACUGAAGGGUCUCUGCAGAGCACCGAACAGAGCGCCAGCUGCCUGUGCCAUCACACUUACUCACGGCAUGACGUCUGCGGCUUUCCCUGGCAUUGUGCUGUAUGUCCUCGUCUUCAUCCGGGGAAAAUGAGAGAGAGGCUGGGCCAGGAAGGAAGAAAUCCAAACCGAGAGAGAAGAAAAUAGGAGAAUAGGUAUAGUAAUGGAAGGGGGGAGGAGGGGGCAGACGGGCGAGACUCAGUCAGUAGCGGCAGUGUACUCCAUUUUAAAGAGUGAAUAAUUGUGCGAGUUUUUAGGCAGUGGUCGGGUUGGCAGGUGGCGGGGCGGGCGGUUGCAGGGCACUGCGCAGUCGUCACAAACAGCCGUCAGUAGUGUCAUCCGUGAUGCCCCCGAGGGCUCGCACAAUCAGGUUGUAGGUCACAGUGACACAAACGGGGGUUUUCCGGGGAUCCCCGCCCCCCAAGUCUCGUUCCCUCUAAUACGCAGCCCCCGAAUCGCCCCCUCCCCCUAUCCCAUCCCAACUCAGGACGGGGUGUUGGUUAGUAGCGUGGAGGGAGAGGAGAAAGGGACGCAUGGCGGCAGGUCCCCCAACCCGCCACACCCCGCCUCCGCUGCAGCCACAGUCUGGAUAAGGGGGGCGGGGCGCCCAGCCCCCCACCCCCACCCAGCAGGACACGCGGCCGACGUACCAUUGGCCCCAGACUAUUUUAAUUACGAGCCGAGUGUGUAGAGACGUCACGUGAUGUGAUGGCCAGUUGUAGGGGCGGAGUUAGUGUACUCUGAGGCGGAGCCGGGCGGGCGAGAGGCGGAGUCGGCAGCUGAGAGGUGGAGUCCAGCGCGCGGGAGGCCACCAGGCUCCACCCAUACCACUAGUCCCGCCCCUCAGGGGAGGAGCGCGGCCAGAUGCAGCGCCGCGUCCCCCGCCCGCUUCAGUUCCGCCGCGUCUGUCUUGUGAGCCACACGUUGCGCUCUACCUCCCACACCUGCACGCCCACACUAGUGCUGUAUCUCACGCCCACGCACGCCCACACCCACCUGCCAUAGUGUGUGAAUUGGUGGCUCCAUUUUUGCCGUAUAAGCUUGUGGAAGAAGUCUCUUGAGGCAUGUGUGACCGACGUAUCGGAAAAUGUGGAGUGGCGAAUCAAAGGGGUCGUGCCGUGUACGUACGUACGAUGUGGUGUGAAGGUGCACGAGCUGAGUGCCCGGCCGUGCUGUGUUUCCCGUUUUUAUGAUAUAACAGCUUGAAGUUUAGAUCUCUAGACUGAUGUACGUUGUGUCUAUCUGUAUCUGCCACGCCCGGCCCCAACCGCCUCUCCCUGUCUGGCGGGCUGCAACGCCGCCGCCGCCGACACACCACUCCUGCGGGUCGGUCGGUCGGUCGGCAGCGCUGGCUGCUUCAGUACGGGCAGUGGCGGCGGAAGAUUGGAGCGCAGCAGUGUUAGUUGUGCUCUCAAGUUUUGUGCAGCGGGGAUGAAGGCGGUGCUGGAGGCACGGCGUGGUAGCGACAGGACAACGUACAAAUGUCUCGAUAGCAACACCUGUGUACGCAUCUCUGACACCGGCCGGUCCGAGCUCAGCGGCGGCGGCGGCGGCGGCUGCGACGGUGGCGGCGUCGGCCGGCGGCGGCUAGCGGCGGCUAGCAGCGGAGCCUAGGACGUCGGGAGCUGUGGGGACGGUUUGGAGCGUAGUGGGCGUCUGGGUGGACCCGGCGGGCGAGGCGGGGAUGUGCAGGACAGUGGUGGUGGUGGAGGUAGUGGCGCCGCCGGGCUGCGCCGCCUUGCCACGCAGGACCGCUGCUAGUGGGCGCCGCGGUAACAGCGGAGCGGCGGCGCUGCGACCGCUACCACCGACCCGUGCGGCGCGACCCGACCCGCUCCACCGACACCCGACAUAGUUUUUUCCGACUGCGAGUGCAAUGGUCAGACGAAGAGUUGAGCAGGUGGCGCAUGUGGUGCGAAGUUGCCCGCACAGUGGCGCCGCCCUGCCUUGUGAUAGUGAUGUGUACAUAACCCUGUGUAACAAGUGCUCAAGUGCAAAUAGUGUAAAACAAGUGAUAGUGGUGACUUGCCAGUCAGGAACAUGUGUACAGAUGUUGCGUGCGGGAGGCUGUGACUCGCGUCCAGAGGUGGCCGGGGUGACGACGGCGAUGUGGUUGCGUUGCCACCGCUCCUCCGCACCCCGUGGCAGAGGCCUCUUCAUCCUCAGGAGCACUUCGCCCGUUGCAAAGGAACCCAAAGUGGAUACAAGGCGACUGAAAGUUCCCCUCCCACAGACGCCCCUCUGCUCACAGUAAUUCCGUCUUCGUAGGUGAGUGCCAUCGGGCUUUGAGCAUCGACCUACCGAGAGGCGGGUGGGCGGCCGCGUGGCACCCGUCGGAGUGGGAGUGCCAAGGAGUGGGCGGCGCGAGGAGGAAAGUAUAAGGGGAGAGGAGAUGGGAAAAUUGGAUAAGGAAAGUAAUGGAGAAGUGGAGAUGAGAGGAGGGACGUAAAGAGAGAGGGUGAUUAACAGAGGGGAAGGUAGAUAGGGAGGAAUGAAAGAAAUGGAGCCCAGAGACGGUGGGAUUUGGCAGUACUUUGAUAAGUCUUGACCUGCUGUGGAAGGUGCGGUGGGGAGGGCAGGUCAUCAGACACUAGAAUGUAGAUAGGGAUGUAAGACUCAUGACAUAAUGCAGGAAGAGGAGGGGGUGUCAGGUCAGUUAAAAAUGAAGUCAGUUUUUAUCUAAAUAUGUCCUCGUGUUUAUGCUCAGUAUUUAUUUAUUUUUUAUUUAUUUAUUUAUUUAUUCAUUUAUUUAUUUAUUUUUAUUAUUUUUUUGCGAAUUGCACAGCAGCAAACAGAAAAAUAAUGCGAAUUUCAAAAUGGAAAUUCUGAGCUGUUCCCUUGCAGCUCCUUCCCCUCACGAGCCCUCACACCCGCGCUCGGUUCGGAGGGCAAUAUGAAGGGAAACCUGCUCGCUCUGAAAGUGAGUGAAGAGAAUAUCGAGGGGAAGCGAGGGGAGGUGGACGCGUAUUGCAGUAGGGUGGAGCCAAGGAGAGGGCGCUGAGGGUGAGUGCGAGGGGAAACAAUCGAGGGAAGACAGCCUGGGUCUCUGAAGGGAGCAGGGCGCGAGGGGAAUGUGUUGAGGGAGGAGAGAUGAGGAAGUGAGAAUGAUGGGAAAUUUUUGAGUAGGCAGGACGCUGGGAGUGGAGGUUGGGCAGGGUGAGGGCGGGGGUGGGGGUCCUACCCAAGGAUGGCAGGGAAGGAGUGUGCUAGCAGUGGCGAGGGAGCAGAAUAGUGUUAGGAGAGGAUGGUAGGGGAUGGAAUGCAAGAUGGCGGAAAUAAAUGGGAGAGAAACGUAGUGGCGGAAGAAAGAAGGAUGGGUUAAAACAGGGUAAGAACGAAGGGAGUGUAACAAGGAAACGUAGGAAUAAGGGAAUACCCAAAGAAGAAAAAGAGAAGAGCGAAAAGGAAAAGAAUUCGCCGAGAACGAAGGGCAGAUAGGGAAGGGUAGAAAGUACAGCAAGAGGAUAGGAUGUUUUCAGGGAGAACAGUAAAGUAAGUGUUCUGGGAGAAGGAAUUGGGAGGGAUAGCGUCGAGGGUGGGAAAACAGACGGGUGGCAUCGUCAGAGCAGGCACGGGAGAAUGAACGUUGCAUAAAGAAAGACACAAGGAAGAGAAGAAAGAUGAGGCACUUAUGUGGGUCAGGUAAGGGCAUCGACCCCGCAGCCGUGAUAGUGCCACACCGUGUAACAGUGUUAACUUGCCAGCCGUGAUGAGAGGUGACCUGAGCAGAGACGGUGUAACAUCAUUCUCCCCGGCGUACCAUCCCGCAUGUACUCACGCGUCCUCGCUGUACCUUGAAAGAAAAAAAAAAAAAACUUUUAUUGG